UUGAACUAAGGAGAAAAAGAAAUCAGGAGUUCCGCCCCUGCGUAACAUGUUUUCGCACCCUAUGGAAUAAAGACAUAAACUUGGUAAUCUCAAUUCAUCUGCAAAUGAUGUUGGGAGGUGCAACAGCAAGGGGCGUUUCCCUGAUUAAACUUCUUCCUCCGUUCCGCUUUCGCUUCAAACACUCCUCUGCUCUUUCAAAAACCAUUUGUUUUCAGGUUUAUUCGACAGAGGCAUCUCCUGGCAUAGAGAGAGUGACACAUGAAGUCCUGAAAGAAUUUCUUGCCACUGUUGAAAAUGCACCAACAUCCAAUGCAAAAGUCUAUUACGGAUAUAUCGAUAAGAUAUGCAAGGCUGGAAAUCUUUCAGUUGCCAGUAAAAUGCUAGAAAUUUUAAAUGAUAAGAACAUUGUUGUUACCCUUGAUGUGUAUAAUCUCAUAUUAGUGGAGGCAAGUCAGAAGAAUGACAUUGACCUUUCUUGUCAAGUUUUCAGGAAAUUAUUGUUGUCUUGUGAAUCCCCAAGUGCAACCUCAUGCCUUAAGUUUGCCCAGGCUUUCUCAAAGGUAAAUGAUUGUGUGGAGCUACUCAGAUUUCUUGAGGAAAUAUCCGAGAUAACAUGUUCAAGCACAUCAUCCUUCAUCAACAAGAUCAUUUUUGCCUUUGCCAAAUGUGGACAGAGAGAUAAGUCCUUGGUGAUAUUUGAUCAUCUUAAAAGACAGGGGUAUGGUCUGGACUUGGUCACAUAUAAUAUUGUUCUAGAUAUCUUGGGUCGCACAGGCCGUGUGGAUGAAAUGCUUGAUGUGUUUGCAUCCAUAAAGGAUACUGGUUUUGUCCCUGACACGGUUUCCUACAAUACUCUAAUAAAUGGCUUGCGGAAGGCUGGAAGAUUUGAUAUGUGCUUUGUUUAUUUUAAGGAAAUGACUGAGAAAGGGGUUGAACCAGAUCUGCUUACAUAUACUGCAAUAAUUGAGAUUUUUGGCCGAUCAGGAAAUGUUGAGGAAUCAUUGAAAUGCUUUAGGGAGAUGAAACUGAAGGGUGUUCUUCCUUCGAUAUAUAUCUAUCGAUCACUAAUCCAUAAUUUAAAUAAAACAGGGAAGGUUGAGUUGGCAACAGAACUUUUAGAGGAGUUGAAUUCGUCAUCAACUUGUCUAGCUGGUCCAGCAGAUUUCAAGCAGAAAAGAAAGCAAAGAAAACCUUUAAAAGUUUUUAGUUUUUAGUUUCAGUUGUCUGAGCUAUUCAAGUUCACAAGUUUACCUUGGUAUGUCAUUCUCUGCAAUGUCUUUAGUUGGAACGAGAUGGAUCAUCACGUGUGUAUGACAUGUUGUCAUGUUGAUGUUAGAGACAUGCAAGGGAAGAAUAUAAUGUCGAGGCAUUCUUUGAAUUUUAUCAUCAAAUAGAGACGGAUCAAUUGAAUAAUUUUUGUCAUGGAGUGUCUUGUGCGAAAAAUACAUAUUUUGGUAAUUAUUCAUC